AUGAAGAGAGACUGUGUGUUGUGCAGGACAGUUCCACAACCAGGGAGGGUAGCACUGGUGAGACAAAGAAAUAUGACUGCAUCAUACAGGGAUGGACAGGACUGGUGGAAAAUUGAACGCAAAUACUCUCCUAAAGUUCUUGUUGGAAACUGGCUGGAAGAGAGGAAAAGGUUUAUAAAAGACACUGGGAGAUUCGGCAGCAGCACAUACAGAACAGACUUCAUCUGCUUCCCAGAUCACAAACCAGACCAAACACUAAGGAGAACCAUGAUGGAGAAAUUUGAGGGCCUGCCAAUGCAGCACUUCUUCACCCAUCAUGAGGAACCAAGAAGCUGGAAUUUAGUAUCAGAGUAUGACGAUGAAUACAAUAGACAUGGUUACAACCCGGUGCUGCCUCCCUGCCGUAGCUGGAAUGGACGCAAGCUUGCCUGGACUCCUCAGAAAUCAGAUUUCCCCAUUCUUGCACCACCCACCAACUAUGGCCUUCUUGAUCACCUGAUGAAAAAAUGGCAUAAGAAAGAAGCCGGAGUGAUGAACAGUGUCUACACCAUUUCCUAUGGAAGCCCACCGAUUUCUGCUUUUGCCACUCAUCGGCUAACACAAUCAGCUAACUCUGACCUUCCUUCCAACCGGGGACACCUUCCCCAGAAUGAUAGUAGAAUCCUGGACUAUGAAGGGGGUCAGAAAUAGCUGCAAGCCAUCAGCCAACUGGUGAGAGACAGAAAAGCAAUGGACGCCUCUGUGUAA